AUGGAUGGCAAACUUGUCCUACAAGCCCGCUUUGACGAAAAUUUGAUAUUGGAAAAGCAAGCAGGCAGAUUUGUCGAACAAAUGGCGCACCUAGUGCAGCAGAUUCAAUAUGCUGCUACUCUGGAGGGCGAAACCACGAAAUUAGGGAAAUUAAACAUCGCAAGUCAGUCGGAUCUCGCUUCGAUCCAAAAGUGGUGCGCAGCACAGAACACAGAGCCCGUUGCACAGCUUGUCCACGAUGUUAUCCAUGGCUCAGCUCUAACUACUCCUGGGGCGCCAGCCCUGAUAUCGUGGGAUGGAGAGCUUACCUAUAAGGAACUAGAUGAGCUAUCUUCUCAGCUAGCCGGCCGCUUAGCCCACCAUGGUGUAUGCCGUGGUUCCAUCGUGCCAUUACUGUUCGAGAAGUCGAUAUGGACAAUGGUAGGGCAACUAGGUGUCCUCAAAGCCGGAGGGGUUACUCUUGUCCUCGAUGCCAAUUAUCCAGACCAGACCAUCGCAGAUGUCAUCACACAGUCAGAGUCUAUCCUGGGUAUUGCGUCCAAAGCCCAGGCCAAGCGGCUUCGGACACACAUGCCCUCUGUUGUGGAAGUUUCGUCCCACCAAAGCAAAAAUUGGGGAAAUGAAAAACCGCACGACCAUACGUCUGAGCGAGAUAGGCUGCUCCUCCACCCGGAAGACCCUGCUAUUAUUCUCUUCACAUCUGGCAGUACCGGGAAACCGAAAGGAAUUCUGCUCAGUCAUCGUGCUUUGGUGACGACCAUCCACCACCAUGCGAGUGCGGCAAGCAUACAUCGCAACUCUAGAGUUCUCCAGUUCUCUUCGUAUGCAUUUGACAUGAGCAUAUACGAGACGUAUACGGCGUUGGCAACAGGCGCAUGCAUCUGCAUUCCUUCGGAGACGCAACGGCUGAACAGUAUCUGCCAGUUUAUUCGUGACUGCAAGGUGACGUGGGCCUUUCUUACCCCAUCAAUGUUGCGGAACUUCGAGCCAGAGGAUCUACGGGGCCUUGUCACGCUUGGAAUGGGAGGUGAGAAUGUGCCGGCCGACCUUGCAUCUCGGUGGGCGGAUGAACUUGAGUUGCUAAACAUUUACGGCCCGGCGGAAGCUACCCUCAUGUCCACAUGCCGUAUCGUAAAGGAUUCCUGGAUUCCGGGAACAUUUGGCAGUGGGGUAGGAUGUCGAACAUGGAUCGUGCAAUUGUCCAAUGUCGAUCAACUCGCUCCAAUCGGUGCUAUUGGGGAACUGGUAAUCGAAGGACAUCUUCUUGCUAGUGGAUACUAUAAUGAUCCGCAAAAAACUAGCAAGGCCUUUAUCCUACCACCGAAGUGGAGGCAACUGUUCAGUCCUGCAGCCACCGCUCCCGUGUUCUUUCGCACUGGGGAUGCGGUGCAGUACAACCCGGAUGGAACCAUACGGUAUGUGGGUAGGGAUGAUGCCAUCGUCAAAAUCCGCGGACAAAGGGUCGACUUGGAAGCCGUCGAACAUGCGAUCCGCGAGAUCGAUCCCUCGCUCGACGUCUGUGUUGAAGCUGUGAAACCGCCGGGGGCCGCGCAAGAUGAAUCGAAGCUAACAGCCUUCGUAACUUGCACACUAGCUGUUGCAGACCAAGCCAGUAGUGUCACUGCUGAAAGCCUGUUCCGACAUCUGCAGCUCUCCUUGUCCCAAAAGUUACCCCGAUACAUGGUCCCGACCGUCUUUGUGCCUCUGAGCAGCUUACCGCUCACUCGGAACAAGAAGCUUGACAGACGGCAGCUUCAGUGCCUAUUUGCCGAGCAAAUGUCCCUGAAAAUAACCAUCCCUGCAUUAUGCUCAGAGGAGCAGUCAUUCGAACAACUUGGGGAGAAGGAGGAGUGUCUACGAUUGCUUACGGGUGAGAUACUGAAGGUCGAUUCCCGGUCGAUUGACAUGAAGAAGAGUUUCAUAGAGGUUGGAGGCGACUCCAUGACAGCGAUCCGAUUGACUGCUCGAGCUAGACGAAAAGGGUUGAAGAUUCGAACGGAGGAAUUGCUUCAAUCGUCAUCUACCCUUCUGGAUAUUGCGCAAACAAUUGGUGAUUGCUCUGCGGCACUAGUCCUGCCGCCCACGGAGGAGCCCUUUGCAUUUUUUUCCGAUCAGAAAACCAGGGAUUCAAUCUUGUCAACGGCGGAGCAGCAAUAUCAAAUUUUCAGGUCGGAUAUCAGCGAUAUCUACCCCUGUACGCCCUUGCAAGAAGGCCUGAUGACCACGACAACGACCCGCGGAUCGUUGGUGUAUCAGGAUCAAUUUGUCUACAAAUUGCACCCAGGUAUAGAUAUGGAGUGUUUCCACAGGGCGUGGAUGGCUGUGGUCAGUGCGAACCCAAUUCUUCGCACUCGCAUCAUACAAAUAUCAUCAGGGCAAACUAUUCAGGUUGUUGAAAUUCCGAAACCGACCCCUUUCAUGGAGCACAAAAUGAAAAGCCUUGAUUCCUACCUCAUAAACGACCAAAAGGAGCAAAUGGGCUUUGGAACGGAAUUGGUCCGAUUUGCCUAUACUGAGGAUAGCACUGAGGAUGCUAAUAUUCUCCCCUGUUUUGUCAUGACAUUGCAUCACUCUUUGUAUGACGCAUGGUCGCUCUCCAUGAUCCCCCAUCAGAUUGAGGCAGCAUACUAUGGUCGGUCGCCCGAACGAUCAUCUUUCUCCUCCUUUGUGAGAUACGUUCACAGUGGUGCGUCGACCGACACGUUAAGUUUUUGGACAACACAGCUAUCCAAUGUGGACGCUGCUAUAUUCCCAGAACUGCCUUCAAGUACCUACAAUCCUAGAGCGACAGCAGCUGUGGAAUAUACUACCCAGUCAACUGCCCCCACUCAUAAAAGAAAAUGUCCCUUUAGCGACUCCAUUAGGAUUCACCUGGCAUGGUCUAUUAUGCUCUCCCUGUACACGGACUCCGACGAUGUCAUUUUUGGCACAGUCGUUAGUGGUCGUAUGGCCUCAUUUCCUGGCAUCGAGAAGGUUUUUGGUCCUACAGUAGCAACCGUGCCAUUCCGGAGCGUUCUAAAUUUUGAGACAUCGAUCAGAGCAACCUUGGAGCAGAUGCAGACCCAAUUCACCGCGAUGUUACCGUAUGAGCAGACUGGCGUGCAGAACAUUGCCCGGAUGGGCGGCGAUACAAAGGCAGCUUGUGCUUUUCAGAAUCUCCUGGUCGUGCAGCCUCCUGCUCCAUCAAGCACAUCUGUAGUGAGCAAUGUCCCGUCAUCCUCGCCGUCUGGUUUGUUUUCUAGUAACGUUGAAGAGAAAACCGGAGCUAUCAAUUCAUUCCCAGGCUAUGGCCUCAUUCUUCUCUGCUACCCAGGAACGGAAUCAGUCAAGUUUGAAGCUCUCUUCGAUGAGAAUUUAUUGGAUGAAAAACAGGUGACUCGAAUGAUGGCCCAGCUUAGCCAUAUUUUUGACCAACUGGAUAGCGAAUUGGACCGUACUCUCAGACAGAUACAUCUUCUCGCUCCUAGCGAUCAGUGCCAGCUGAUGGAAUGGAACAAUUACAUGCCACCGCCAGCGGAGAUGUGUAUCCAUGAGAUGAUUUCUACUCAGUGUCGUCUCCGCUCAAAGGAGCGGGCCAUAUGUUCCUGGGACGGUGACUUCUCCUACGAGGAGCUAAACAGCUUGUCCUCUGCCAUAGCAAUCAGCCUUCUAAAGCGUGGAGUCAAGGCUGGAAACAUUACACCAAUUCUACUUGAAAAGUCAAAAUGGAUUGCGGUCGCAAUCUUGGCAGUGAUGAAAACGGGUGCUGCUUUUGUUCUGCUGAAUGGCAACCAGGGCCAACAGCGUCAUCUAGACAUUUGUCAUGCUGUGAAUGCUGGCUUGAUUAUCACAUCAGCUGCCUACUCCAAGCGAUUAGAUGGCGUCGUCGAGCACCAGACCAUAUAUAUUAUUGAUGAUGAAAAAUCCAUCAACACCAAGGUAGUAACAGCGGCGGGGGUUGCAUUGGAUGACGCCAGAGGUGGGCUUCUGUCUGCCGUCAAACCGUCCCAUGAUGAUCUAGCCUACGCUGUAUUUACCUCUGGAUCGACAGGAAAACCAAAGGGCGUGCUUAUUAAUCACGGUUCCUACUGUUCUUCCGUGUUAGCACAUCGUGACCGAUUCCUCAUUACCCCAGCAACGCGUGUGCUGCAGAUCUCGUCAUACGCGUUUGAUGCUUUCACGGUUGAAAUACUAACCGUUCUCUGCACUGGAGGCUGCGUCUGCAUCCCACAUGAGACGGAGAUGCAAGGUGACCUCGCUCAGGCCAUUCAACGGAUGGAUAUAAAUUUGAUCCUCAUUACGCCCGCCAUGUUGAGACUGAUCCACCCAGACGAAGUGCCUGAUCUUCAAACGGUCAUUGCAGUAGGAGAGUCUAUGACGCCAGCACAGGUUGCACUGUGGUCCACGAAGGUCAAUCUGAUAUGUGGCUAUGGCCCGUCUGAAUGCUCGACGGCGGCAUCAUGCCUUCAUAUUCGUCCCUCGUCUUCCUACUCUAACCCACAGAACAUUGGAUACAGCAUGGGAUGUCACUUCUGGGUAGUGCAUAAGAAUGACCACAAUGUUCUUGUCCCCAUUGGGACGAUUGGAGAGCUGCUUAUACAAGGUCCAAUUGUGGGCUCCGGAUAUCUUAACGACAUAGAAAGAACCCGUGAAGCGUUCUUCAGCACCACCGCCACUGUCGGGUGGAGGACCUCCUAUUAUGGCCUGCCCAGCCAAGGCAGAUUUUAUAAAACAGGUGAUCUGGUGCGGUACAAUGUCGAUGGCACAUGCAAUUAUGUUGGCCGCAAAAACCAGCAAACCAAGCUUCGGGGUCAAAGGGUAGAAGUUGGGGAGGUUGAGCAGCAUGUGCAACAGGCCCUGGGACCUGGUUAUCACGUCGUUGCAGCAGUCAUUCGGCCCCAUGAACACGAUGCCAAACCCCUGUUGGUGGCUUUUGUCCACAUCACCAGUAGUGGUAACUCGACGAUUGAAACGCCCAAGACCACUUUUUGUCCUGUCGCUGGCAAUUCUGAUUUCACGAAAAGAGCUACUGUGGCAGAUAAAAUACUUAGAAGCGCUCUGCCGAGCAUUAUGGUCCCGUCGACUUACAUCCAAGUAGAGCACAUCCCUCUGACGCCCUCCAAGAAGAUUAAUCGACGAGCACUAGAAAUAGGAGCAGCAGCCCUGACCACGCCAGAGCUAUUCAAACUUGGCUCUAUUAUAAGCCAGGAACAGGAAAUAUGUACCCUAGACAAAAAUGAUGCGAUGGUGUGGCAGGKAUCAGACACUAUCUCGUCUUUCGGCUCCAGCAAGAUUUCUGACUAUCAGGAGCGGUUCCACGGCAAGGAUGUCCCUCUUCCUUUCCUUGGCCUAGAUUCAAUCGAGUUGAUGGCUCUGUGUCGCAAUUUAUCUCGCCAGUUUGAUGUCCACCUUACUGUCGCUAUGCUGUCCGAUGAAACCCUGACUGUGGCACGCUUGGCACGAGUUAUCGAGAACUGCAAGAAGGAAGCUGCGCGCUCUUCAUCCCACCAUCAGGAAGCAAAUGAUUCUUCGUUCAAUCUCUACGAAGAAUUCAUGGCAUCUGCCACACUUCUUCCCCAACCCAAUCGACAGAAGACAGGCCGUGUUUUCCUUACCGGGGGUACAGGGUAUCUAGGCACCGAGAUCCUUCGACAACUGGUGCAAAAUCCACAGAUUGUCUCUGUAACGGUUUUGGUGCGGGCAGAAAGUAAGGAGGAUGCUUUGGGCCGGAUAAAACAAUCUGCAGAAACCGCCGAAUGGUGGGAAGGAGAUAGACAUGCCCGCAAGAUUAUCGCGUGUCCUGGAGACCUGUCCUCUACCAGACUCGGGCUGUUUCAAACUGACUGGGAUAAUUUGUGCCAGGGCACGUUUGACUGGAUCAUUCACAAUGGAGCUGUUGUCCACUGGACUAAAAGCUAUCGGUCUCUGGAAGCAGCGAAUGUGACGAGCACUAUCCAGUUCCUUCAGAUUCUCGCCCAUCCUAGUUGUUCCUUUACGGGAUUUACAUACCUCUCAGCUCUGGUGCCCAGCGUUGAGAACAAGUCUGAUCGUCAAAUUGCUCAAGAACUGUCAUCUGUUGACGGAUAUACACAGUCAAAAUUUACUUCGGAGCUACUCAUCAAGGAAUUCAAAAAGUCUUACUCAAACCCAAUUUCUAUUAUCCGACCCGGUUUGAUCAUGGGAUCUAGCGCGAAUGGUAUUUGCAAUGUCGAUGACUAUCUUUGGAGGGUUGUGUGCGCAUCUUUACGGCUGGGCGCAUAUAAUUCCGAAGAGAGCGCGAAUUCAUGGCUUUUCAUAUCCCCGGUCAAUCGAGUGGCAUCUCUAGUAGUGGAGGAGUCCCUCUCCUUCAUCUACCGGAGCAGAAACCAUCACGACCCCGCGAGUAGCCUGCACACAAUCCCUGUCUUGGAUUGUCUUCCAGUACCAGAAUUUUGGAAAAUCAUUCAGGCAGCUUCGUCACGUAAAAUCAAGGCCUGGACUACAAACCAGUGGCUAGAUGCAGUCAAGUCCGACGUGGAUCAAGCAGGUACACUCCAUCCCAUGUGGCCAGUCAUACAAUUCCUCGAGGCGGCCAAUGGAUGUCUUGGAACACCUCAAAGGUCGAGUUUCACCCAGGCUCCUGCAAUUUCACGCUCCAUUGUGAGUGCCUUGCAGGAAAAUAUCCGAUACCUGACCCGUAUCGACUUUUUCCGGGUUUCAGAUAGUGAAUAUAUUGGUGAUUGCGGCAUUCGGGCGUUACCAAAGACCGUUUUCCGACGCAGUCAUAAUGUCGCGUCAACCUCUGCUAAAAUCACGGUACCAAUGGGCAAAGGCGUUAGAUAG